CCAUCUUUUUUUCUUCCUCUUGUUCUCAACAUCUUUGUCAAAGGCUUUAAGUUCCAUCUUUUUAUCUGAUAGCAAUAGGCUUUUUAAUAAUCACCUCACUCCUCAUUUGACCACUUUCUAAAUUUGUAACUAAUUCUUUGAGCAUCACUCACCACAGCUAAGAUGGAGGCCAUCAAGAAGAAGAUGAUGAUGUUGAAGCUGGAUAAGGAGAAUGCUCUGGACCAGGCAGAGCAGGCUGAGACCGACAGGAAAGCAGCUGAGGAAAGAAGCAAACAGCAUGAAGAUGAGUUGAUUCAGAUGCAGAAGAAGCUGAAGUCAACUGAGGAUGAGCUUGAUAAGUAUUCAGAGGCCCUGAAGGAUGCACAGGAGAAACUGGAGAUAGCUGAGAAGAAGGCUGCUGAUGCUGAGGCGGAGGUGGCCUCUCUAAACAGGCGUAUCCAGCUGGUUGAGGAGGAGCUGGACAGAGCUCAGGAGAGACUGGCUACAGCUUUACAAAAACUGGAAGAGGCAGAGAAAGCAGCAGACGAGAGUGAGAGAGGCAUGAAAGUGAUUGAGAAUAGGGCACUGAAGGAUGAGGAGAAGAUGGAGUUACAGGAGAUCCAGCUGAAGGAGGCCAAGCACAUUGCAGAGGAGGCCGACCGCAAGUACGAGGAGGUGGCUCGUAAGCUGGUGAUCGUUGAGGGAGAGCUGGAACGUACUGAGGAGAGAGCUGAGCUCGCAGAGGCUAAAAAGAAGCAGUUUGAGGAGGAGCUAAGGGUGCUGGACCAAACACUGAAGACCCUGCAUGCUUCUGAGAACAAGUAUUCUCAGAAGGAAGACAAAUAUGAGGAGGAGAUCAAAAUCCUGACUGAUAAGCUGAAGGAGGCUGAGACUCGUGCUGAGUUUGCUGAGAGGUCUGUAGCAAAGCUGGAAAAGACCAUCGAUGACCUGGAAGAUGAGCUUUAUGCUCAGAAACUCAAGUACAAGGCCAUUAGUGAAGAGCUGGAUCACGCCCUCAACGACAUGACCUCUAUAUGAUCCUUUUCUGGACUUUAUUCUUGACUGGCUUUCUUCAAGAAAUCUUGCUCGGUCUUCUCGGCCAUGUCUCCAUCCUGACUCACACUUGUCUACUUCAUCCUCCUGUUAUCUCUCUGUAUCUUCAGGUUUUUGUUCCUCUGUUCUUACCUGCUUUGUUGAUUAUUUAUGAUGCCUUUGUUUUCUGUCUUUUCUUUUCCCACUGUAUUGUAAUUAUAUCCGGCAUUGAUAAAGAUCUUGAACUUGUUUUCUCAUUCAUCAGUGCUGUUUGUAUCUUCUGUCUUUCUUUUCUUUGUCUUCUGGCUGUAUUUCGAUGUUUUCUGUACAUGCUGAAUGAAGGGAGGGGUGAAACAAACUGUUGCUGUGUUUAAAAUAUCUGUGUCCCUCUUUUUUGUGAAAAAAAAAAAAAUUUGAGCAACUUUUCCAUUUGUUCAUCACAGUUAUUUUCUUAUUGUCCUAUGUGACUUCCUGGACUGGUAACUUCUUCAUAAAGAACGAACAAAACAUGAUGGUGUCCUACUGUAAAAUAGUGUCAUGGCCUCGUAUGAAGCAGAAGUUGAUUGAUUACCAGUAAUGUGUUUCCUAAAUUGUUUUAUUCCUCUUAUACCACAGGAAAUGCCCAUUUGUAGCUUUAUAAAAUGAAUAUGGCUUAUUUAGUAUUUUUAAUGUUACUUUAGAAACAAUGAAACAUGGAACAAGCCUGUGAUUCGAGGUACAGCUGGUGUGAGUUACUGUUUUAGGACAAAGUUCGAAUAUUAAUGAGGUUUAUUUGUUUUGGGAUGAGUUUAGAUCAAUGGGGUGAAAUCGCUACUAUAAUUAGAGCAAUUGUUCAAGGACACAUUUAUCACAUGUCGAAAAUUCAUCACAGCAUAAAUAGGUAAUUAUUGACUUGUUCAUCAGAUUUAAUUUUGCAUUCAUUAUUUAAGAUAAUGUUUUUAUCAUAACCUAGAUUUGCUGUAAAAUUCAGAAUAAGAGCAUAAACACAUCAAAAGUUUAUUUUACAGGUAUUUUCUAAACUUUGCAAAAUAAACUUUCUUCAACUUUUUUUUUAAUCCUCAGUAUGUCGUGUCAGUACUGUUCUGGAGUAAGAGACAGAAAGACCAGAUUAAUCACCUUGCAAGAGCAAAAAUCCUGUUCCUGUAUAUUUUAGUCUACAGAAUCUGACAGCCAUUCAUUUAUAUAUAAAUAUAUAAACACACACACACAGUGUUGCAGCCUGAUAAAUCAGUCAAAAUAAUAAUAAUAAUAAUAAAAAUUAUCACAUGUCCAUAAGUAUUCAGAUGCUUUACUCAGUAAUUAGUUGAAGCUCCUUUGGCAGCAGUUUCAUUCUCGAGUCUUUUUGGGUUUGACACGGUGAUCUUUACACACCUGGAUUGUGGGAUUUUCUGCCAUUCUUCAGGGCAAAUCCUCUCUGGAUGCUGAGCGUUGGUGGAGCCACUUUCAGGACAGAGAUGUUCAAUAGAGUUGAGGUCAGGGCUCUGGCUGGGCCGCUCUAGAACAUUCACAGAGUCAUCCCUAAUCCACUUCUGUUGUCUUGGGUGUGUUUAGGGUCAUUAUUAUGUAGGAAGGUGAACCUUCAGCCCAGUCUGAAGUCCUGAGUGCUGUGGAACUUGUUUGUAUUGAGGAGAUCUCUGUACUUUGCUCCAUUCAGCUUUCCCUAAACCCUGACCAGUCUCCCAGUCCCUGCUGCAGA